CCUUUAGUCUUCGAUCCGAAUCGCGUGCCGAGUGGCGUGCGAAAUACCAAUUCUAGUCCCGGGUCCGCGAUCGAACCCUUGAACACUAAGAUGUUCGCCCUGCGAGUGGCUCUUCUCCUGGCAGCCUGCGUGUCCUUGGCCGCCGCUGGAACUCGGCAGUUGGACGUGGAUGUCCAGCCACCGAGCACCUUGGCCACCACCCUGCAGGACUACCGCCUCUCCGAACACAUCUCUCCCGUGAGCUACAACAUCACCCUGCGACCCUAUCUGCUGGAGUCCGACGGCACCAAGCGGUUCACCUUCGACGGCGAGGUCUGGAUCGAGGUGAGGCCCAACCAGACCACCACCGACGUGCACCUGCACUCCAAGAACAUCACCUACUCGGUCCGCGAGUACUGGCAGAAGCCAGCUGAUGGCGUCGCCAAUCCCACGCCCAGCACACUUACUCUGAGCUCCACCGACGAUGAUGCGGAUAUCAUCAAGCUCACGACAGCCACCUCCUUGACGGCCAACGUCUCGUACAUCCUGCACUUCGUGUACACCGGUCUGAUGCAGGACGACAUGCACGGCUUCUACCGCAGCUACUAUGUGGACGACAACAAUGUGACCAAGUGGCUCGGCUCCACCCAGUUCCAGACCCACCACGCCCGCCGCGCCUUCCCCAGCUUCGAUGAGCCCCAGUUCAAGGCCACCUUCAACGUCACUCUGAAGCGCCACAGGACCUUCAACUCGGCUAGUAACACCCGGCUGAUCGGAUCCUAUCCCAGCGACGAGGAGGGCUACUACACGGAUGUGUACAAGACGACCCCCAUAAUGUCCACCUACCUGCUGGCCUUCAUCAUUUCGGAGUUCGUGGCCCGCAGGGACGACUCCUUCGGAGUGUACGCCCGUCCCGAGUACUACGCCCAGACCCAGUACCCCUACAACGUGGGCGUGCAGAUCCUGCAGGAGAUGGGCACCUAUCUGAACAAGAACUACUACACGAUGGGCAACGACAAGAUGGACAUGGCCGCCAUCCCCGACUUCUCCGCCGGAGCGAUGGAGAACUGGGGCCUGCUGACCUACAGGGAGCGCAGUCUGCUGGUGGACGAGUCGGCGACCACCUUGGCCUCCCGCCAGUCCAUCGCCGCCGUGGUGGCCCAUGAGCAGGCGCACAUGUGGUUCGGCGACCUGGUCACCUGCAAGUGGUGGAGCUACACCUGGCUGAACGAGGGAUUCGCGCGCUACUUCCAGUACUUCGGCACCGCCAUGGUGGAGAAGGACUGGGAGCUGGAGAAGCAGUUCGUCGUCGACCAAAUCCAGUCGGUGAUGGCCAUGGACUCGACGAACGCCACCAACCCGCUCAGCGACGAGAACACCUACACUCCAGCUCAUCUGAGCCGCAUGUUCAACAGCAUCUCGUACAACAAGGGCGCCUCCUUCAUCCGGAUGAUCAAGCACACCAUGGGCGAGGCCAACUUCCAGACGGCCCUGCAGCAGUACCUCGAGAAAUACAAGUACCAGCCAUCGGUGCCGCAGUACCUCCUGGGAGCCUGGCAGGCCCAGUGGCCCAACAGCAGCUACAACGCGAGCUCCGAGGACAUCUUCACCAGCUUCACCACCCAGGUGGGCUACCCGGUGGUCAACGCCGCGCUGGCCGCCAACGGACUCUCGGUCAGCUUCACCCAGAAGCGCUUCCUGCUGAAGGAGAACGACGGAGCGGACGCCAACCUGAAGUACACCAUUCCCAUCUCGUACACCACCAGUGAGGCUAACAACUUCCAGAACGCCACGCCUAAGUUCAUCCUGCGGCCCGAUGUGACCACGACCGUGACCUUCCCCUCGGCCCUCACCUGGAUCAUUGCCAACGUCCAGCAGACCGGCUACUACCGGGUGAACUACACGGAGAGCAACUGGCACGCCAUCCACCACGCCCUGCUGGCCGCCAACUGGAGCGGCAUCCACGAGAACAACCGCGCCCAGAUCGUCGACGAUCUGUUCAACCUGGCGAGGGCCGGGCAGAUCACCUACAACCUCACCCUGGACGUGAUCGAGUACCUGGAAACGGAGACGAACUACAUUCCCUGGACGUCGGCCUUCAACGGCUUCAGCUACCUGACCAUCCGGCUGGGCAACGACACCUCCGACUUCAACACCUACAUCCAGGCGCUGACCAACAAGGCCUACUCCCAGCUGGGCUUCAACGAGACCACCAGCGACUCCGCCCUGGACAUCUACCUGCGCACCAAGAUCCUCUCGUGGGCCUGUCGCUACGGCAGCGCCGACUGCAUCAGCAAGGCCAAGAGCUACUUCCAGUCGCUGACCACCGUGCCCAAGAACAUCCGCUCCACCGUCUACUGCGUGGCGCUCCGCGAGGGCGGCACCGCCGAGUUCGAGGCCCUGUACAACAAGUUCAAGACCGAGACCGUGGCCACCGAGGAGACCCUGCUGCAGAACUCCUUCGGCUGCGUGAAGACCCAGGCCCUCAUCGAGCGGGUGUUCAACCUGGUCCUGAGCGACGAGAUCCGCCGGCAGGACAAGUCCUCCGUGCUGUCCACGCUCUACACUGAGAACAACGAGAACGUGAGCCCGGUGUUCGCCCUGGUCACUCAGAAGUUCGAGGAUCUGGCUGAGGCCAUGGGUGGAUACUCCGCCGUGGCCACCGUGAUCUCCAACAUCGCCGCCCGCUUCACCACGGAGCAGCAGCUGACCGACCUGCAGACCUUCAACCGGAACAGCGGCACCAAGUUCGGCGACUCGCAGGCCACUUUGACCGCCGCGGAGGCAACCGUCUCGGAGAACCUCCAGUGGGCGGCGGCCAAGUUGGGAGUGUUCCGCAGCUACCUGGCCAACCGGAACGGAAGCGCCAUGGCCAGCGCCUUCAGUGCCCUCAGCCUCCUGAUGGUCGCCCUGGCCACCAUGUUGCGCCACUAGAUCGGGCGGAGAUUAGCCCACUCGGUGCAAACGGGUCACGUUAGCCAUUAACCCAUAAAGUAUUUCCACGCUUAGAGCACCCAAUAAACUAUAAACUUUUGUAGAUAA